AUGAGUCGUCAACUCAACAACCUCUUUGCCUUCUCCGUGAUUGGGACCACUGGUCGCUUCGUGCCGUUUCAGGGACUCGCAAAUGUCGUCCUCGAGGGUCGCGUCUACCACCGCUCGCUGGACAUCACUGAUAAAGGUCAUAGCAUGCACUGGUUCCUGUACGAUGAGGCGGCACGCGCUGAGCGUGCCCGGGAGCAGUCACUGCCGGAGGACGCUGUGAACACUGUACGCCAGUUCCUGGACCGAGCGAGUCCGUACGUUCGCACUCUGCGCCAUGCCUUGACCCAGGUGAGUGAUGAGGCCAUGCCACUGGCAGUGGAAUUGUCAGUGCCACCGACAGGUGGUGAGAUCGCUGCCGUUAUCAACACGGACAGUCUCCGUCACGUGAACCCUCGCCAGGUGGUCUUCUUCGGCCGAGGAGGUCUGCAACCGCGGUUCGUCCCCAUUUUGUCCUGUCAGUAUGAGCCGCUGCAGUAUCCGCUGCUCUUUCCCCAUGGUACACGCGGCUGGGGCUAUAUUGAUAACUUCCAGAAGGCCAUGCCUUGCACGCAGAUCCAGUGGUACCGCCACCUCUUCCUUUCCGAUCGGCGCUUCCAGGUCCUCGGCCGCCUGGCCUGCGAGUACGCCGUUGAUAUGUUCUCGCGGACGGGGGAGGAGCGAUUACGCUACCUGCAACGGGGGCGCCGUGUCCACGCUACAUCAAUGGAUGAGGCCGCUGACCCUUUAAUCCCUGACCUCUUCCAGAACAAGAUUCCGGCGAGCUUCAUGGGCUCUCGCGCCUGGGCCUCUGACCAGGUGACAGACUCACUGGCAAUUGCUAGGAAGCUGGGAAAGCCAUCAAUCUGGUUAACCAUGACGACUAACCCGCAAUGGUCGGAGAUCCAGUCGCAACUCCUACCUGGCCAGGAUGUUACUGAUAUCCCAGCUGUCGUCUGCCGCGCCUUUCGAGCUCGGUUGGGGAUCCUGAAGGCCUUCCUGCCGUCGUUGAGUUCCAGAAGUGAGGCCUGCCACACGCCCACAUUGUGGGUGAAGUUCAAGCAGGAGCCGCCGCUGUCAGCGCUCGAUAUCUUCAUUUCCGCAGAGCUGCCGGAUGCAGAGCAGGAACCAGAUCUCUACCGUCAGGUAAGGCGCUUCCACAUGCACUCACAGAACCACCUGGCCCGUCCAGGGUCGCGCUGUAACCGCAACGGCCGAUGUAUUUACGGCUACCCGCAGCCUAUCACACCCCACACGCACCUGGACGACCUGGGACGCGUGCACUACCGUCGACGGAACGCCGACAGCUGCUGGGUUACACCACAUAUACCCGCGCUGCUGAAGCUUCUCGACUGCCAUAUCUAUGUUGACGUCUGCUCCACGGCGGUUAUCUUCCUCUAUCUAUUUAAAUACCUCUUCAAGGGCCCUGAUCGCACCAGAUUCAGCCUUCACAACAUGGUGGACGCUGGGGAUGAAGAAGACAUUGUCAAUGAGUAUAAGGAUUAUAUGAGCGCGCGUUAUCUGUCUGCCUCUGAGGCAGUGUACCGUAUCUUCAACUUUGAAACUGUGCAUAAGAAUCCGAGUGUCCGCUGCCUCCCAGUCCAUCUGGAAGGACGUAACCUCGCCAGGAUGCGCCGUCCAACUGCGCCGGGAUUCUCCACGAUGAGUGAUCUGUUAUGGUACUUCCAGCGUCCGCCUACAGAGCUGUUCCAGCAGCUGACAUAUAUGGAAUUCUUCAGCCGCUACUACUUUGAGACCUUGCCAUUAGACGACCCACUUGAUAGAGGCCAGGUCCUGAUCACCGAGGUGGAGACAAACCAAGGGCUGCGGCAGAAGGUGGUACGGCGACGUGCAGCUGGGGAUAUUGUCACCCGGAUACAGGUCAUCCCACUGCACUACAAGGAGCAGUUUUACCUGCGAGCGCUGCUACAGGUGCGCCCCGCGUCAAGCUUUCAGGACCUCCGUACUGUCCACGACCAUUGCUACGCAACCUAUCAUGAAGCGGCUACCGCUCUGGGCCUGCUCCGGGAUGUCAGCGAGGCUGAAUACGCCAUUAGUGAGGCCAUCGCUGCACUACGGGCUCCAUCACCAUCGGAUGACGCCACUAAUCUGGCUCUGGAGGAUAUAGCGCGCCACCUCUCCUCCCAAGGUUCUUCCCUGGCCCAAUGCGGCUUACCGGAGCCACAACGCCACCACUAUGGCUCUGAGGUGGACCUGGAGCUCAACUUCUUCCAUCCACACUGGGCAGUGCUCCGUGCCCGUGCUGACGCGGCCCGUACAAGGAUGAAUGCUGACCAGCGGUGGAUCUUUGAGCGUAUCCUGCGCCAGCAGGAUCCACAUGGUGCAGCCUGCUUCUUUGUCGACGGCCGCGCUGGGCGGGGCAAGACCUUUCUGAUGGCUGCCCUCUGUGACCGGGUCCGUGCUGAUUGUGGUAUUGUCUGUGUCACAGGCACGACUGCGCUCAGUGUCAUCCAUUACGAGCGCGGUAGGACCGCCCACUCUGCCUUUGGUAUCCCUGUGCAGGACAGUGAUGAGGGUUUGGAGUCGAAGAUUAGUCUGUAUCGUGCGCGUGCAGAAUUGAUCCGUCAUGCGCAACUGAUCAUCUGGGAAGAGCUACCAAUCGCGGAAAUGGCCGUGCUGGAGUGUGCAAACCAGCUCCUCCAAGAUAUCAAUCAGCUUCCCUUUGGUGGAAAGACCUUCAUUGCACUGGGUGACUUCCGCCAAGUGGCACCAGUGGUCCGUGGUAGCUGUCGCCCAUCUGCCACGCUGAACCACUCUGUUCGCUCCUCAUAUCUCUGGGACCACUUCGACAUCCUGCGUCUGACAAUUCCGAUCCGGUAUGCGGGGGAUGUGGCUUACGCCACCUGGGUGGACCAGGUCGGUGAUGUGGUGCUGCCAUUCGAGGCCCCUGUGCCAGUGCGGCAUCUGCGGCAUCUUGAAAACAUGGAUGGUGCUGCUAGAUUCCUAUUCCUUGACGACUCCCUUGCUACCUCCCCUGACGCUGUCCGCCGAGCAUUCCUGAGCCCCUUCAACGCGCGGCAUACUAACUACAAGGAAGCCGCUUACUACAGUCAUGACACAAUUAAGGAAAUGGACGAGUCCAGCUUCCACCUACCGACCGGUGCAGAAGCUGAUCUUCUCACCAUGUUACAUGAGCCUGGCGUCCCACCACAUAACCUCUCUCUUAAAGUCGGCUGUGUCGCGAGCAUCAGGGGCAAUCUCUCCAUUGAAAAGGGCCUGGUCAAGAAUGUGAGGGUGCAGGUGGUGAACUUACUUGCUAAUGUCGUCCAGGUGCGCCUCCUGCAACAUAAUCAGCUACUGACCUCUCAAGCUACUGAUGAGGAGAUGCAGAUCUUCUGCCUCCCUCGCAUCACCUUUGAAUUCCGACCGCAUCGUGCCAAUUGGACUGUCCAGCGUCGCCAGUUGCCAGGGUCUGACGCUGGACCGCGUCGUGGUUGA